CCCAAAGCAAGAGCAUCCAACAAGAAAAAAAUUGAGCCACACAGGAGAAGUCAGUCCCUAAAAGAGACUGCACAAACAGCCAGAUGGAACCAACAAUUGGAAUGCUCUCUACAGCUACACCAACAGCAACACAAAAUCACACGUUCGAUAGCCAGACAGACAAAUAUAAAUCUCACAACUGGGAGUUCCUGGUGGCCGUCCUGGUCACAGCCAUCUCCCUCUCCAUUCUCAUCGCCCUUCUGGCUAAAUGCCAGGUGGUCCGGCGUUACCUGGCCAGCUACAGGCACACACGGCUGAGAGAGACAGACAACGUCAGCCAGUGUCAACCUUCAGGCCUGGAGGGGGAAUUUGCCAUGCACAGGGGCCGUGGAAUUAACCCUCACUGCCUCCCUCCUGUGAUCGAGGAAGAUGAUGACGGCUUCAUUGAGGACAACUACAUCCCGGCCAGUGAGAGAGCGAGGGCUGAAAGAGCAGCGGAGAACAUGGAGGACAUGGAGGACACAGAGGAAGAAAUGGAUGAAAUUGAAUUUACCAUCGCUUAGAGGGACUGUCUCUACACCUCCUCGGCUGUAUAAACCCCUGAAAAUCCAAUUCCACUCCCACUUUUCCUCUAUUUUUAAGUAAAAUCCAUAUUGUCGAUGAGUAAAAAAAAAAAAAAAAAGGUUAGGAAAGCAUCAAAAUGUAAAUACCAGUGCUCAAGAGCAUCUUAAUUUCAAGACAGCACAGAAUGACUUAAUUCAAAGUGCAUUAUUAUGGCAGUAUCUCUCAAUGCAUGAUCUGUGGAUCCAUAAAAGUCUGCAUAAAAAUAUAAAUAGAAGUCAAUUUUGUCCUGGCAUUUGUCAGUAUACUAACAACGGCCAUAAUAUGUUUCUUAUUUAUAAGAUAAUCAAAGGAACCCCAUUUUGUCCUGAAACAGUACAAAUGAGUGAAAAGAGAUCAAUUGGUCUUCUGCAAAUAUAAACAUUAACUAAUCACCUUUGAUCUGUGACUGAGUUGAUUGGUUAAGUGAAUAGUUGACCGGACAACACAGAUUAUGCAAAAUAAAUAUCCCUGUAUAAUUCAGACAAAUAACCACAGUUGUGCUGAAUUUAAACAGGAACAUUUAACUUUGCACUGACAACAUGUUUGUCAGUGAAACAAGCAAAUGUGUAGAUAGAUACAGUGUGCAUGUGUGUAAAAUAUGAUUGAAGGCCUUUACUGUAAUAAAGCAGUAGCAACUGAGCAACAUGAGGCCAUUGUGAUGCUCAGAUCAACAG